AUGCGUGAGCAGAAGGAGGAGAUUAAAAAGCUCAAAGAUACGAUAAAUGAACUGAAGCGAGAGGGAGAAAUUGUAGAUAUGAAAUUUCCGACGGAUUUUUCGAACGAGCUGAAAAACUAUCGUGAUGAAUGUGUCAUGCUCAAGCAAGAAGUGUUGAUAUUAAAGGAAAGGAACAAUGGUUUACGCAACGUUAUCAUCAAGUCGUCUGUUGGAUUUGCAGUGGCAGCUGAUUACAUUCUCCAUUUUUAA